UAUUUUUAAAUAAAAAACUUGCACCAAAAGAUGGCUCUUUGGAAAGUGAAGUUUGACUUGAAAAAACGGGUAAAACUGGCCCAGAUGCUAUGGCUCAUGUAUUGGGUGUCUAUCAUGGCUGGAGUGCUUGUCUUCAGCAUGGGCCUUUUCUUAAAAAUUGAACUGAGGAAGCGAAGUGAGCUUAUGGACAACAAGGAAAGCCACUUUGUGCCCAACCUGGUAAUUGGUGUGGGACUGUUAGCCUGCGGCAUCAGUGCCUUUGGAGGCAAGAUCUGCUAUGACUCAUUGGAUUCCUCUAAGUUUACGAAGUGGAAGACAAUUAUAAAGCCAUUCCUUAUCUUCUGUUUGCUCUUCAAUGCUAUCCUCAUCUUCACAGCACUUUUGUGCUUCGCCAUGCGUAUCCCUCUACAGUUUACCCUGGCAGAAGGCCUGAAGAAUGGCAUGAAAUACUACAAGGACACAGAUGUACCUGGUCACUGCUACAUGAAGAGAACGCUGGACCUAAUGCAGAUGGAGUUUCGUUGUUGUGGAAACAACAACUACAAAGACUGGUUUGAGAUCCAGUGGAUUAGCAAUCGCUACUUGGACUUCAGCUCUAAAGAAGUCAAAGACCGAAUUAGCAGCAAUGUUGACGGGCAAUAUUUGUUGGACGGAGUCCCUUUCAGCUGUUGCAAUCCUAGCUCACCAAGGCCCUGCAUUCACUACCAAGUCACCAACAACUCUGCUCACUACAGUUAUGACCACCAUAGUGAAGAACUGAACAUCUGGACACGUGGCUGCAGGGAAGCUCUAGUUUUCUACUAUGGAGGACUGAUGAACACUAUUGGUGUACUGGUGUUAUUGGUUACUAUUCUUGAGGUUGCUGUGAUGGUGGGACUACAGUAUGUAAACACGUCUCUAUCCACACUGGUCAACCCAGAAGACCCUGAGAGUGAAAGUGAGGGGUGGGUCCUUGAGAAAACAGUCAAGGAAACCUUCACAGACAUCAUAGCCAAAAUGAAGGCAAUGGGGAAAGGCAAUCAGGUGGAAGAGGGGGUGGAAGUGCAGGCAGUUUCCACAGUGAGCUGAAUAUGCUAUGCUGAUUGAACACUGACUACUCCAUUCCUACCAAAGUAGGAAUGCCUAUCUGACAUUAUACAGCAUGAAGAUCAAGUCAGCUACAUUCUAUAUGGUUUAAUAUAAUUAUUUGAAGAUAAAGCUACAUAAUGAAACUUAUGAAAGUAAUGUGAACCCAAAUCCAAAUGGAAAUGUCUUUUUACAGUACCUGAAACCAAUUUUUUAAAAAUGUUGUGCUUCUUUUUCAUGCUAUAUAUUUUCCAGACAUCAUUUAUUAGUCUAUAAUCCAUUACAAACGUACCCAGUCAUCUUGGUGUUUCUGUGUAUGGUUUGUGGACAGCUGGCUUUACACACAAAGCACUUUUUAAAAACAAAUACUAUAACCCAACUAAGUUUCCAAUAUAUAUGGUUACUCUGUCUCUCCAUUUA